AUGGCACCACCAAAAAAAGUCGCCGGAAAAAAACAAGCUGAAACAAUUAAUCAGCGUCUUCAACUUGUUAUGAAAUCCGGUAAAUAUGUUCUUGGCUAUCGUCAAACAUUAAAGGCAUUACGAAAUGGACAAGCGAAAUUAAUUCUUGUUUCAGUUAAUACACCACAAAUUAGAAAAAGUGAAAUUGAAUAUUAUGCUAUGUUAGCUAAAACUGGUGUACAUCAUUAUAGCGGAAAUAAUAUUGAAUUAGGUACAGCUUGUGGUAAAUAUUUUCGUGUUGGUAUUCUUGCUAUAACCGAUCCAGGUGAUUCAGACAUUAUUCGAACAGUACCAGGCGAACAAUCGACUGCUAUUGCAACGUCAUAA